UGUAUCGUGAGGCCCAGGUGAGACAGAUUCUGAGCAGCACUCACACACCCGUGUCUACGUACAUACACCUACAACUGAAGAAUUUCUCAUAGUAGGAACCAAAGAUGUGGAUUUUAUUCCACUUAGCAGCCCUGACAACAGUGGCUGUGACCCAGAGGGACUGUUCUCGGGGGGCCUGUUACCCCCCUAUGGGAGACCUGCUCCUCGGUAGGGAACAUCAGCUUCAUGCUUCCUCCACCUGCGGCCUUUCCGGCUCUGAGGUGUUUUGCACCUACUUUGGACAGUGGAGGAUGAAGUGCUGUACCUGUGACUCCAGGAACCCAUCCAGUCAGUUGGCUCACACCAUCCAGAAUGUUCUAUCCACCGCUGGACCCAACAGGUGGUGGCAGGCCAGGAAAGACGUGAGUCCGGUCACUCUACAGUUGGACCUACAGAACCUGUUUCAGCUGGACACCAUCAUUCUGACCUUCAAGGGUCCCCGUCCUAGUGCGCUGGUGGUGGAGAGGACGUUGGAUAAUGGUCAAACCUGGCAACCGUCACUCUACAUGGCCUCAGACUGUCGCUCGGCCUUCCCUGGCAUUGCCAUGACUAUGCCACGUUCUCUGGACCAGAUCUACUGCUACACGCUACCCCCCGUCCCCGCUAACUCUUACCAGGACCAGACUAUUCAGUUCAGCCCCUUGCGCCAGUUCUCUAGCAUCAGCGUCCCCAAUGGGCAGAAGAUUCAAGAGGUGUCAGGAUUGACAGGCCUGCGGGUGAAGUUGACUGAGCUGGGUGCUGUGCCCCGCUUGCCCGGCCGCACCCCCUCUCUGUUUUAUGCCCUCAGAGAGAUGAGAGUGAUGGGCACCUGCCUCUGCCACGGCCAUGCCAACCGCUGUCUGCAGGAUACUACUGCCAACCAGAUGCCUAGCACACAGGUUAGUGCUCAGUGUGAGUGUCAGCACAACACAGCAGGUGUAAACUGUGAGCAAUGUGCUGAUCUCUACAACGACCUGCCCUGGAGAUCUGCAGAGGAGGGAAACACACACACCUGCAAACGUUGUGAAUGUAACAACCACUCCCAGCGGUGCCGUUUCGACCCAUCUGUGUAUGAGGCGAGUGGAUGGAGGAGUGGGGGAGUGUGCGAGGGCUGUCUGCACCACACAACCGGGCCCAAAUGUGACCGCUGUGCCCCUGGAUACCAACUCAACUACCGGAGCAGCAUAGACCAGCCUGAUGCCUGCACACGCUGCCAUUGCAGUGCUGAGGGGGCGGAGAAUGGGGGUCGGUGUGAUGAUGUCACAGGGUCGUGUCGCUGCAAGAUGGGAUACUAUGGCCUGACUGCCUCCAACCCUCUGGGCUGCACGAAGUGCUUCUGCAGUGCAGAGGGCUCCCUGUCCAGUGUGUGUGACCCUGUGAGCGGUCAGUGUCCCUGUCGACCUUACCACCAGGGGCUGACUUGUGAACUCUGUUCCCGUGGUUACUGGAACCCCUCCUCCCCCCACGGCUGUGAGCCCUGUCGCUGUGACCCCACCAACUCCCAUGGUGACACCUGCGACCGGAGUACGGGUCAGUGUCAGUGCAGGUCAGGGUUCGGAGGUCGUACCUGUACAGAAUGCCCUGACAACACUUAUGGAGACCCUCUCAUUGGCUGCAGACUGUGUCAGUGUGCUGCCGGAGGCAUGGUACCAGGAGGCUGUGAUAAGCGUACAGGGGCCUGCCGGUGCCGUAUUGGUGUCAUAGGUACUCGUUGCGAUGCCUGUAGCCGUGGCCAUGUUUACUCCUUUCCCGACUGUGAAGUCUGCCCCUCCUGCUUCUUCUCUCUGGACUCCUACAUCCAGAACCUCACCCUGGACCUAGAGAGACUCUCCGCCAGAAUCCCCUCUCGUCCUGGCGGCUCGUUGCCCACCGGUCUGGGUCUCCGCAUCCAGGCCUUGGAGGCCACACUCAUCCAGAUACGUGACUCGCUCCCACUCCCAACUCCCUCUAUGAGACAAGUCAACGACGCCCUCUUUCAGCUACGCAGACUAAGGGACCAGUUAGAUCAGGUGGAUGGGGAUCUGUUACCCCAAGGCAGAGGCCUGGAGCUGGGCUCACAGCUGGACGAGUUGCAGGCUCUCCUGGGCGGUCUGGGUUUGCUGUACAACUCCAAGAGAGAUGCUCUAAGGAACCCUAUCAACUCCAACCAUGCAGGGGCCUUCUCUUCUAUAAAGAAUGCCUAUGACGAGUCCACGGAUGCGGCGAAGAUUGUGGAUGCUAGUGGGAAGACUGUAGAUCAAUCUUCAGCGGUUAGAGAGGACGCUCUUGACCUCCAGAACCAGGUUCAACCAGAAAACACCAGAGACCUGGAGAAACUCAACCAGCAGCUGAACACCAAACCUGACCUCUCACCCACUGCCAAGCAGGUGUGUGGCAGUGUGCGCUCUGCCCCUUGUACCCCUGCCCAGUGUGAUGGUGAGCUGUGCCCUGCGGAGGGGGCGCCACCCUGUGGUCGUGGCGAGAGUUGCGUUGGGGCUCUGCCUCUGGGGACCCGAGCUGUGAGCGAUGCUGAGGAGGUAAAGGACAGACUGCAGCAGCUCAAUGGAAAGAUCACACAGGCUGCCGCACAGAUCCAGAAAACACAGGACACGGUCAAUCUGGUCAGACAGUCCACGGACGAUCUGGUCAAUCAGAUGAGGCGGGCCAGGGAUGACUUGGAGGCAGAUCUGCAGGAGACAAGAUACUUUGUUAAAGAGCUGAAGGACUUCCUGUCAGACCCGUCGUCAGACCCGACAGACAUCAGCACGGUGAGUGAGUGGAUCUUGAACGCCAAGCUGCCUCUCAGUCUGCCAGCUCUAAAGAGGAAGCUUCAGGAGAUCAGAGCCCUGGCGGCAGGACUCCCAGACAGCAAAGCAGUCCUGGACCAGGCUGGACCACAGCUCGACACCGCCCGGCGCCUGCUACAGGAGGCCCAGGACGCCAGGGACGCUGGGCUGGGUGUGAAGGAUGAUGUUGACGGGCUGCUGGAGGGUUUCACAGCAGUGGAGGGCUCCCUCUCUGGCCUGAACGACAAAGUGCAGGACAGCCUGGACAUAGUGGAAGACAUCAGCAACAGUCUCGCACAGACCAAGGCCCAGUUGACUCCCGCGGUGAAGGCUCUAGGGGAGGUGUCUGCCCUGGCUGAGGGAAUGAAACCUCAGCUGGAGGGGCUCAAGGCGCUGGUGCGCUCUGGUGGUCUGCUGGCCCAGAAUGCUGAGGGAGAGGCAAAUAAGGCUAACAAGGAGGCAGAUGCUGCGACCAGGGACCUGGCGUCCCUGGAUAAGCAGCUGGAGCAGCUGCGUGCUGCAGAGAGGACCAGUGGUCAUGGCGAUGGGUCGGGGACGACAGGUGAGCGUCUCCGGAAGCUGCAGGAGGAGGCUGGUUCUCUGGCCCAGGACACUGGAGACAUGAUGAAGGCACUAGCAGGUAAAGCAGACUCUCUGCGUAGACUACAGGAUGAGGUCCUACUGAAGUCCCAGAGGCUGACCGGUCUGGACGGCAAACUGCGGGACCUCCUGGCUGACAUGAGACAGAAGGUCAAGAUCCUCUCCACCUGCCAGGGCUGAGAGGUAAAUGGGCAGAGGUCAUCCUCAAAUAGCCUCUUCAUUGAGAUAGAGGAGUGAUGUUAUUUAUUUUGUCCCAUUUUGUAGAAUAAAUGUCCCACUAAAUAUAUUUUUUCAUGAUGUGAGGUUUUUAACUUUAUCCUACGACAUCCCAGUGACAUCAGUAGGCCUGGGAUUUCUGGGGUUGCAGCCCUGAAUGUUUUUGGUCCAGCCCCAAACCUUUUGAUGAAUAUAGAAAUUGCAGGCCGUAUGUCUGAUAUGAGUUCCCAUACUGGCCUAUCACUUACACGCUAGGCAGUAUGCCAUAGAGACUGUUACAGAGUCUCGUUGACAAGGCUAUUGAACCAGACAUUGGUGUCUGUCUUUAUUCCUUUAUCCAACAUAUCAUACUGAAACAGAGACUGUCAUGAUUUUAGCAUUACUUUGCUGAAAACUGUGUGUCACUAGCCCAAACCGUUCAAAAGAUGUGAUCCAUUUUAACGGAGAUAUGUUGUCGUUGUUUUUUACUAUCGUGAAUUCGCCGGAAGCAUAAAGAUAAAUAAACCGUGUCCCUGCCGCUUCAAAACCAGGCUACUUGGGGAUUGCUAAUUAGAUGAUUUGUUGAAUAGCAAACAAGCUUGUUCAGUCACGAUACCUUAUUAGCUAACAACCUGGUAACUAGACAGGCACACAUUUGGUUUAAGAUGGCACACGGAGAAAGAGAGAGUGUACGUUUUAUCCUAGUGGGCGGAGGGGGGGGAAAUAAAUAGAUGUCAUUUGGGUAGGGUGUAGUCUUGGGUAGAUUUGGACUAUGCCAUGUUGUCUUCAGGAGAUUUUCUGUUUCAUUUCUUUCCUUCACAUUAGCUGAUGUAAGACAGUGGAACAAAUCCUAUUCCUAAUGAUGAUCUUAUUAUAGGAUAAUGAGUGUGUUUGUCAGCAAGAACAAUACUGUUAUUCCUCACAAAUCUUUUAUUAUUACACUUCUUCCCAAUUUUGCUGGUGUAACUACUUAUUUGAAAUCUAAUUUGCCUAAAUUAGAAGAGACUUUCCAUGUCAUGUGGGUAUACGCUAUGUCAUGGUCAUGUGGGUAUACGCUAUGUCAUGGUCAUGUGAGUAUAUACGCUAUGUCAUGGUCAUGUGGGUAUACGCUAUGUCAUGGUCAUGUGGGUAUACGCUAUGUCAUGGUCAUGUGAGUAUAUACGCUAUGUCAUGGUCAUGUGGGUAUACGCUAUGUCAUGGUCAUGUGAGUAUAUACGCUAUGUCAUGGUCAUGUGGGUACACGCUAUGUCAUGGUCAUGUGGGUAUACGCUAUGUCAUGGUCAUGUGGGUAUACGCUAUGUCAUGGUCAUGUGGGUAUACUCUAUGUCAUGGUCAUGUGGGUAUACGCUAUGUCAUGGUCAUGUGGGUAUAUACGCUAUGUCAUGGUCAUGUUGAUUGUAAGUCAUAAAAACAAGAAUAGCCCAUAUUGAAAUGCCUGUUACAUCAAUUAUUCUAUGUAUUUUAGUAGUGUACUCAAGCUGCUAUGCAGUGAUGGUAAGUGGACUCUCAAUAGCUCAUAAACGCAAACGAUCUUGUCCAUGUAAUGUAAGAUGACAAGAGUCGGCAACUAGUCAGCCCCACCACCUAUAGAUUUGUCUUGAUUGUGGGGUGACUUUAAGAAAUGAAUUGUUAUAGCAUAAACAUUUUCAAACCCCCUGCACUUGGGAAACAUACCCCCGCAGGAAUUUCUUUCUUCAAGCUGUGUUUUAAAGGGAUAGUUCACCCACUUUGUAGAAAAGGCUCUCAUUUGCAAUAUACUUUUUAGGGAACUGUCCCUUUAAUUGCACUUUUUUGUUUGUUAACUUUGCCUUAAACUGCAGACACUUGUGAGCCAUCACAAUGUAUGUUAAUAUAGGCUUUUGGGCACUGGAUACCUCUAUACAUCUCUAUGCUUUUUAUUGUUUGGAUUUGUGUGUGUUUUGUAUUGUUGGUAUUGCUACACUGCUAGAGCUAGACAUCUGCGAUAACAUCUGCAAAAUACGUGUACACGGCCAAUAACAUUUGAUUUGAUUUUCCUCUGAGCGCACCUGCAACCAAUUCCCUCAUUACAUACCUGAGUUCCCCUUGUCUUUAGUUCAGUACCAAAGAACCCAUGCCUCUUGAAAAUACUCUCCAGCGUUUAUCCCUUUUCGUUUCUAUUAUCUGUGCAUCCAAUACCCAACAUGAGUAACCCGCAAUAUUGUUUCCAUUUUACUUUCUUGUUUCAUGUGUGAAUGUAUGAGCAUUUAAUGAUGCGCUGUUGUAUCAGUAGUGGUAGACUGUUGAGUUGUUGCAGCAUGUUGCAUAUGGACAUUAAUAAUUCAGAUAUUUUGUAUAUCCUUCAAAGAUUGAUACUGACAUGGAAAUAAUGGGUAUGAUAAUUAUGUUCAUGUUUAUUCUUUAUAUGAAAUUUCCUAACGCAAAUGUUUAGCUUUCUAUGUUGUGUUUAUUAUUUUUAGCACACAAGUCAAUAAUGAAUUAUGAUUUAUUGGAGAAAAUAAACGGGAGC